AUGGCUAGAACGAAGGGUAUCACCUUGAAGGUGCGCAAAACGGCUGACGAUAUAUCAACCAACCCAACCGCAAGCACAGAUGCUUCCCAAGCACAAACCCUAGCAGCCGAGCACAAACAGCUGGGGACGGAGCUACCGGACGAAGAGAUGGCUUCCGCGGAAAUCUCACGAACGCCUGCAACAUUGCGUUCCAGGGGCAUCCGACUCUCCAGGACAAGGUCACACGAAGAGGCGUUCGGAGCGGACCCCUCAUCGACCCGUGCCACUCCAUCACGCCGUUCGCGACGCCAGUCAACGAAGCCGGAACAGCCAGAAGUUAACGAGGACGCCAACACCUCUUCUCAUGCACAAGGCGAUGGCGGAGGCUUAGACAGCGCUCAAGUCGACUCGUCUUCGAUGCCACGCAGUCGUUCGGCGCGCUCCCGCGUCAAAUCUUCAACUACCCCCGUGCCACAGACGCCUUCUGUAGCUGCGUCUAGGUCCAAACGAAGCCCAAGGAAAGCAUCUAGAGUAUCCAUUGUUGGCAGAAGGGAUGUCAGACGCGCGAGAGCAACGCCAGUGGACGGCGAAGACGGCGACGCAGACCCAUCUGAGCAACCUGACGCCGACGCGGAGCAGGACGAAGACGGUGAUGGUCAUGACAUCAAUGCCGAAGAAGGGGGCGGUCAAGACCAACGAGAUGAUGAUGCGGAAGAAGAUGCUGUUGCCGAUGACGAUGCUGAUGCUGAUGCUGACGUCGAUGCCGAUGCUGAUGCUGAUGCUGAUGCUGAUGCUGAUGCUGAUGCUGAUGCUGAUGCCGAUGCUGAUGCUGAUGCCGAUGCUGAUGCUGAUGCUGAUGCUGAUGCUGAUGCUGAUGCUGACGGCGAUGGCGAUGGCGAUGGUGACGAUGAGGAGGGAGUCGAUGAAGAAGGACACAAGAUCAUCACUAUCAAAGGUACAAAGUACCGUCUUGAAGCCGACGAAGAAGAAGUGAUUCUACCGUCCGACCCUGAGGGCGACAAGAAGGUCGACGAAAAGGGACGGCUGCAAGGUGGUCGACAAUACAAGGCAUACAACUUCACCUCGGACGAACGUGCCGAUCCGGAAAAGGUCUACAUGCUGGCUAUCGAUGCAGCGCGGUCAGCCGGGUAUCGAGACUCGCUCUACUUUUUUCGACGUAAUCCGCAGAUCUUCAAGAUCGAGCUGACACAAGGCGAGAAGGAAAAGCUUAUUGAUGAUGGUCGUCUGAGCGGACAGCUCAAGACGCGCAACGUGACGAUGGUGCCGGCUAGAAAUGUGUACAAAUUGCACGGGGCUCGCUUCCUGAGCGGAGGAAAGGCGGUCAUCGACGACUACUACGAAGCCGCGGCACGCGCAUCAGGUGUCAAAGAAGGCAAGACAGUCGGAGGCAUGUCGACCGAAGAGCAGGAAAAGCGCCGAGAGGCGGAGCGAGAGCGCGAACGUCCCAAGAAGAAGGCGGACACGUUCAGCUAUACCACCAUUGAUCCGCAGGGGGACCCGGUUGUGACUCAAUUUGGUGAUGCGGGUCAAGCGCCGUGGGUGCGGGCUGGUAACUGGCAGUCGCGCAAAGCAGCGUUGCAACGUAUGGACAUCACUGAAGAGAACUGGAUGCUCGAGAUGGCACGCAGCGUUCGCGGCAUGAACAUCGAGCUCAUCGAGACACGCAGAGAUCGACUCUCGGCCUUCCCGCGCUUCAACCGGUACAUUGAUAUCGAUGACAAGUUCGCUGCGGAAGAGGUCAAGGAUGAGGUUGCCGAUGGCGAAGCCGAGCCUGAAGAUGAUCCGGAAGCACUCCACGACCUCCCUCCCUGGGAGCGGCAGAAGCUACCUACUGCCACUGAGGAAGAUCAAGAGCAGGAAAGCAAGAGACGCAAAGCGUUGCUGCAGGAGAGUCUCGAUGCUCAACGUCGUCGAGGCCCACCCAUCGGAGUCUACGAACCAAAUACGCAUCUUCCGCACUUCAGUGUGUUGACACAGCCCACUCAAGCUGCAUUCGCCAAGCUCGCUCAACGACCAGCGUACAUUGAUGAUCAGGCGCAAGCAAGGGGAGACCAACGACCGCUGUUGGGAGGCGAUAAGCUGGGGUCCGGAGCAUGGGGCGUUGCGAGCGUUUCGGUGGAGUGCCUGCCACCAGCUGGACUGCCAGGACACGUCACUGUUCCGGCAGGCGAUAACGCAGCAUCGAAAUCGAUGACAUCCUCAUGA